CUGAAGGGGUUGCGAUGGCUCAUUGUGCUUUCUGCUCUGAAGGACCUCCACUUUUUCGCAUCUUUUCCACCUCUGGUAGGCAAUACUUGCACGCAGGCCCUGCAGCCGUGCUGGGGAGGGUGUGUAGUAAGAUAAAGCAAGGUCUUUUGCCUAGCUUGGAAGAUCUGCUGUUCUAUACUAUUGCAGAAGGGCAAGAAAAAAUACCAGUCCAUAAGUUCAUCACUGCACUCAAGUCUACAGGAUUGCGUACAUCUGAUCCAAGGUUGAAAGAGUGCAUGGAUAUGUUAAGACUGACCCUUCAAACAACUUCAGAUGGUGUCAUGCUGGACAAAGAACUUUUUAAAAAGUGUGUACAAAGCAAUAUUGUGUUGCUUACUCAAGCAUUCAGGCGAAAGUUUGUCAUACCAGAUUUUAUGUCAUUUACUUCACAUAUCGAUGAAUUGUAUGAAAGCGCUAAGAAACAAUCUGGAGGAAAGGUUGCUGACUAUAUUCCACAACUGGCAAAGUUCAGUCCUGAUUUAUGGGGUGUGUCACUUUGUACAGUGGAUGGACAAAGGCAUUCUGUUGGAGAUACUAAAGUUCCGUUUUGUCUUCAGUCCUGUGUAAAGCCUUUGAAAUACGCUAUUUCUGUUAAUGACCUUGGCACAGAGUAUGUACACAGAUAUGUUGGUAAAGAGCCUAGUGGAUUAAGAUUCAACAAGCUAUUCCUGAAUGAAGAUGACAGACCUCACAAUCCUAUGGUGAAUGCUGGAGCAAUUGUGGUCACUUCCUUAAUCAAGCAAGGAGUAAGUAAUGCAGAAAAAUUUGACUAUGUGAUGCAGUUUAUGAAUAAAAUGGCUGGUAAUGAAUAUGUUGGAUUCAGUAAUGCCACGUUCCAGUCUGAAAGAGAGAGUGGAGAUAGAAAUUUUGCAAUAGGCUAUUACUUGAAAGAAAAAAAGUGUUUUCCAGAAGGCACAGAUAUGGUUGCUAUAUUAGACUUCUAUUUCCAGCUGUGUUCUAUUGAAGUGACCUGUGAAUCAGCCAGUGUGAUGGCAGCAACUUUGGCUAAUGGUGGCUUUUGCCCAAUCACUGGUGAAAGAGUACUGAGUCCUGAAGCAGUCCGCAAUACCCUGAGUUUAAUGCAUUCUUGUGGCAUGUACGACUUUUCAGGGCAGUUUGCCUUCCAUGUUGGUCUCCCUGCAAAAUCUGGAGUUGCAGGUGGUAUUAUUUUGGUUGUUCCUAAUGUAAUGGGCCUGAUGUGCUGGUCACCUCCUUUGGACAAGAUGGGAAACAGUGUUAAAGGGAUUCAUUUUUGUCAUGAUCUGGUUGGUUUGUGCAAUUUCCAUAACUAUGAUAACCUGAGACACUUUGCAAAGAAACUUGAUCCUCGCAGAGAAGGUGGUGAUCAGCGGCAUACCUUUGGACCAUUCGACUAUGAGAGUCUCCAGCAAGAUCUUGCUUUAAAAGAUACAGUGUGGAAAAAAGUGUCACCUGAGUCAAACGAGGACAUCUCCAGAACCAUAGUGUAUAGAAUGGAAGGUCGGGGAGAGCAAAACUAAAGAAAUGGGCUGUAGUUACAAAACAUUCUUCAUUAUAAAAGCACUCAAGAAUCUCUAGAUUAAACUUGGAUUUGAGUAUUGUUUUCUUAAUAUUUUGCUUGUAUAUACAAUUUGUGUAAAUACUGUAUGCCAUACAAAAUCGAAUGUCAACAUUUUAAAAAAGAAUGAAAACAACACUAUUAGCUGACAUUUGUAGUUCCUUAAGACAAAUUUACAUACACAUAAUCUAAGUAUCUUUAAAGAUAUUCCUACUUUGAUAUACCUGAGUAACUGAAGUAGUUAAAGGUGGACUCUUCAGCUGAGAGAGAUGAUGUCAUAUAUGACAUCGUAUCUGAUUUGGAAUGAAGAGAUUGUAAGUAUAUAACACAAAGUAAAAUCUUACUGCCAAAACAUAAAAGAUAAUGAAUUCACAAAUAGUUUUAUUUUAAACGGAUAUAAAUUAUGAAUCUGAUACCACCUGUCUAUAAUCUUCUAAAGAGUUAAGGCAGGAUUAGAUUUCAUUGCACUGUGUUAGCAAAAAUAAGCAAAGUUGAUUACCAAGUCUUACUUUUUUUACCAAAUAUUUUUAGUAAGUGAUACUGAGAUUUUGACAAUAAGAGCAAAGUAUCUUGUAAUCGCAUAAAGCUGCUUUACUUGCAUAGCUAGGUAGCUCAGAGGAUUAUUAGCAGAGUAUUUUGAGUGACUUGCUAGGAGCUUGUACUGUCAGUUGGUAGCUAAGGUUCAAAAGUCUGCCUCACUAAUAAUGCUGCAGUCUAUUCUUACAGAAUGUAAGUAACAUUAGGAAGUAGUAAAGUAGCCAUCUGAAUGGUGAACAGGAAAUAUAUACUUAAAUUUUAGUAAGGAUUAUUAAAACAGUGUUUACAAAAUAAAUCUUAUUGAAUGAAUUAAUUUUCAACAGAUGAAUAGCUUUGUGUGUGCAUACUUAUACAGCAAUUUUAUUAGAUAUAUUAUUAACUGUUUCCUUUUUGUAGUUUGAAUUUGCACCUCUUAAGUACUACUUUAGCCAUAAAGCUUUUUUGUCUUUUAUAACUUUUUGUCUCUUAAAACACGUCUUUUAAAGCUUAAAGAAUGGUUCUGUUGGAUGGCUUGGCCAUCUGUGAAAUUGGUCACAAUAACUAUUGAAAUUAGUUUGUGUUCCAUGGAUAAUAUUUGGCAAAAGGCCAGUUUUUUCAUUGUUGAGUUCUAACAUAGAUGUUUUGCAUUGAUGCUGAUUUUUGUGUAGAAUUCUUUGUUGCUUAUGUUGAUUUCCCUUUGUCCUUGCCUCCACUGUUUUGUGAUUCUUAUACCCCACAUCUCUUAGCCACCAUACAAAGAUUGAUUUUAUUAACUCUGAAGAUUUGUCCAAGAAUUUUUCGUGAAAACUAUUCAUUUGCAUAAAUAAUAUCUCGCUGAUAAUUCAGGAGCUAGUGAUACAUAUGGAUCCUGUUCACAAAGCUCCCUCUCCUGUUCUGCUUUCCCAAGAAGUUCCAAAAUAUGCAAGUACUUACAUUUUGCACAAGGAAGAGUGUACAUUUAUUAAAGAAUGGAUGGGAGAUAUGCCAAGCUAUAUAGGUAUUCAUAAAAGAAAAAUAACUAUGAAGUAAGGCAUAUCUAUGAUAAUGAAGAAGCCUGUCUUGAACCAUACAUGUUUUUGCAAACUUGUGAAGAGCUUCAAGAUGUUAUAAAAAGUAUUGCUGCAAAUGGGCCCAAAUGAUUUUUUUUUUUAAGCAGUGCAUUAUGAAAGCAUACUUGUAUUAUUGGGCUACUUGACUUUGAAGUAAAUAAUUAUAAUAGAAUUGCAUAAGCAGAAUAAUUCAGCAAACUAACUUGUGCUGUAUUUAAAUUCUGAUAAAAUGAACAGGAACAGUUAAAGGCACUUAGAAAAAAGGGCAUAUAUUAUUGAAUGAAAAAUAAGCUUGUAUUUCUAUACCAGUUGUCUUCCAAAAUUUGGAAGGAAAAGAGAAAGAAAGGGAGUUAAGGUCUAUCCAUCACAAGGUAUAAAAGGGCGAAAAUGUAUGUAUGAAAAAAUCAGGUUAUGGUAAAACAGCAGUUAGAGAAUGAUGCAGGUGAUGGGUCUGAGCCUGCAGUCCUCUUUAUGUGCAUCUUCCAGUUGUGUUCGAUUAGCUCGGGGCGAGCCAGAUGCAGCCUGCCAGGCCAUUCUACCCAGCCCACGGGGCCCCUAAAAAAUUUAGAAACCUAAUAUUUAUCUGCCCUGGCUGCCUGUCAUGCAGCCCUUGGUGACUUGCCAAAACUGAGUAAGUGGCCCUCCACUUGAAAUAAUUGCCUGCCCUGGAUUAGCUGGUAUUUAAUACUCAGACUAACAAGAACAGUUUGCAUUGCUGAUUUCACAUGCUGAAUGCCAUUAAAAUGCACCUGUGUGAGGCAAGGCAUUUCUUGCUGUUGAGCAAAUCCUAAGAUUUGUUUUUACAUUAUUUUGAAACAAAUGUAAAAACUACAGCUAAAACUGGAGACAUUGUUCCAACUGGAUGCAAACCUUAUAGUAGAAAUACAAAACUUGCAGUGUUUACAAAUGUAAAUUGCAGAUGGAAUUUAGUGUAGAGGAAACAAAUUAUAGCUUUGUAUUGAGCAUGAGUACAUUUACAAGACUCAAGUUGAAUUCAACAUGUAUAUACCUAUAAAUAAUAAUAUCCAUGGUUAUAAUUAUUCUUUUCAAAGUUUUGAAAGUGGUUAAAAUCUUCAUGCCUCAGACCCAAAGCCAGUCUCUUAACAGUUAGGAGGAAGCUUUCACUUGAACCAGUUUGCCCUGCAAUUUGUGUUUCUCACAGUUUCUUAGUCCUUGUCUAAAGCAUCUGGUUAUUGGCUGCUGUUGGUGUAUGUAUUCACAACUAAUGGGACCACCGUUUGAACUAUUAUGGCAAUUUUUGCAGGCCUAUGCAUAUGAUUUGUAAACAAGGCCCUAACAAACAUGGUGCUAGAAGUUAACCAUUGCAUGUUUGUUGAAGUACAUAAAGGUGUUAUUGGUCAUUUGUGUUACAGGUAUACCAAUUCUUGAUAUUCAAGUAUUUUAGUUGUUUGUUAGUUUGUUUGUUUUUCUUUUAUCAGCAUCAAUAACAUUUCAUUGGAAAUGUAUGUGCUUUUAUAAACUUUGUUUUAGCAUUUGUGUUGUACUUUUGGUUCAGUUGUGUAAGUUACUCUUUCCAUUUUUCAUUUGCAUUGUAUGUUAUUUAUGUAUAUUGAUUUCUAGCAUGCUUAUUUUUGUAUUGUGUAAUAAAUGUAUUUUAAGCUUGUU